GUCCCUCGGGGCGGGGCGAGAGCAGGGCCAGGUGAAGGGAACACCUGGAGCUGGGAUGUGCCCAGGCUGGAGCCCUGCUCCCGGGAAUGCCGUGCUGGUGCCAGGCUCUGAGCUUGCUGCCAGCCCGGCCUGGGAGGCACACGGGGGCACUGGAGGGGUUGUGGGCCACCUGGGGCAGCUCAGCUGGAACCCCCUGGCAGGUGGAAUCCGGGGAAAUCCUUCCCUUUGGAGCAAAAGCUGGAGCUUGGCACACAGGGAGCCAAGCAGCUGCUUUGGGAUGCAUUCCCGAGGGUGGGAAGUAGCUCACAUUCCCAGCAGAGGCGGCCUGGCCAGGCCCUGGCCGCCCGGAAAUCCUUUCCUUGUGCUGUGGGGUCAGUGCCCAUGGAGUGUCCUUACCUGGGCUGGGAGGGGAACGCGGUGUUCCCGCUGUGGGGCUGGGGCUGCUCCGCUGGGUCCAUGUCCGACGGCGCCAAUCCCGCAGCCUCGGCUCAGCCCUGUGUGCCCAGGUCAGCUCUGCUCGGAGGGAAAAGGGGCUGGAUCCCAGGAACUGGGAUGCUGCAGGUUACUGGGAUGCUGCCGGUUACUGGGGCUGUGGGCCACUCGUGUGCUGCCAGCAGGGCUGGGCUGUCCCCCAGCCCCAGUUGCUCCGGAAUCAGAUGGCACAGGGCUCUCGUUCUGGAAGUUUUCACUCACUCCGUGUAAUUUAAAAUUAAUAAUUUAAAGUUAAUUGCACUGGGAGGGAAAAAAAUCUCACUUUGUGCUUUGCUUUCCCCGCUUGGUGUUCAGGGAUCAAUGCCACUCCCAGGCAGGACUCUCAGACGGGAUCAGUGGCUUUGAGGUCCUGACUGGAGACACAUUCAAGUCUUAAUUUUCCAAGGAUUGGUGCUAGAGUUCUGCUGGACAUCGGCUUCCCCUCGGGCAUUCUUGGGACCUCAGACGCGAUUCCAUGGAAGCUGAAGGAUCCCUGUGCUGGUGCAGCCAGGUUGGAUCCGGGGGAUGCUGGGUGCUCUUCCAGCUGUUCCCUCUGCUUGCCCUGGGAGCAGCUGUGCCCAGAUCCGUUUGGGAUCGGGAGAGGAGGGGAAUGUCCUCAGCAGGCACAGCUGGGAUCCCUUCCCAUCAGAGCAGUGCUCUGGGUGGGGUGGGGCCACAGCGGGGUCCCCUCCCGUGGCCCGAGGGACAGGACAGGGCCACCACCCCCGGAAUGCCGAGCUCUGGGAGCAGUGGUUCCACCUGGACAGGGAUGGGGCAGCAAUAACCCCGGGGUGUCUCCCAGAGGAUCCGUGCCUUCCGCUGCAAUUCCAGCCUGGCGUUCCUCAGCUUAGGCUUCGAGUCUCUGAGUGUCAGCGAGAGCUUUAAUAAUAAUAAUUGUAUUAAUAAUAAUGAUUAGAAUAAUAAUAUCCUUGGGCAUAUCCAAUCCGAACACAGCCCGUUACUGGGACUCGUUACGGGUUCAUUUAUUGCUUUGUGCUCAGACACAUCACUGGGGCUUGGUCACACCUGUGGAGAUGCACAAAUUCCGUGGCUUUGUGCCCGUGGAUGAUCCCUCCACAGUCAGGAUUGAGGCUCUCAGUUCAUUCCACCUCUCCACUCCCCUGGGAUUGCUCUUCCCACAGCCAGGGGCUGAUCCAGAACCAAUUCCUGCUGCUUGGGCUGCCGGGGUUUGCAGCUCCCAACAGAUCAGAGCCAGUUCCUUACCUGGCUCCAGUGGUUUUGUGGGGAAACCAGGAACAGAAAACCCUUCUAAGGCAGAGUUUCCCAUCCCUCCGGAGGCACAGUGGGUGGGUGGGGGUUGGAGUGUCCCACGUGGGGUUUUCCCUCUCCCAGGAAGAGCUUCCCGGGGCUGGAGCAGGAUCUUUGGCUUCUGAGGAUGGAAUUCCUUGUCCCCCAUCCCUUCAUCCCCCGGCCUUGCCCAGCUCCGUGUCCGAAGGCUCUCCCCACAUCCUGCUCCAUGCUCCCUCCUGCCUUGUGUGCAGUGCUUGGAACCUUCCAUAUCCACAGGGUGUCCGUGGUGCUGGGAUUGCCCCUGGGGCUGCUGAGUGUGCGGAUGGACGCAGGCUUGUGUAAUUCCAUGGAUAUUUAUCCGCACACACUUGGAUCUUGUGACAAAGCCAGGAAGGAGACUCUGGGAGCACAAGGGGCUGCAGUUUUCUCUCUGCACAGCUCCAGGAUAGAGACCAAAACCAGCAAGGCCAAGUUACUGGGGAAUGAUUCUGGAAUGUUCCAUUCAGGGCUCUGCCUGCCUGGGCAUCGAUCCAGGGAUCCGGUGAUCCCACUGGAUCCGGGGAUCCCGCUGUGCUGACUGCCCCACACUGGGAUGGGAGGGAGGGAGGGGAGGGGCUCUUGUGCACAGUUAAACCUCAUCCGUGUGGCCAGUCCCGGGUAAUUCGUGGAUCGUGGCACGUCUGUCUCUGGGUGGGAUCGAUGGGGGAUGGAAACAUCACGCGGUGUUGGGAGCGUCCCCGUCCAUUGUCCCCGUCCAUUGUCCCCAUCCAUUGUCACAUCGGGUGACCCUUCCCGGUGCCCCAAGUCCUGUGGUGACACCUGCGUGCAGAGUGGAGGGAGGGGAGCACAGCUGGAGGGCUCAGAAUCCCAAAUCCCAGUGUGUGGAGCUGUGAUCCGAUGGCGGCUAGAGCCGGAGUGGCUGGGAUUGAACAUUCCUGGGGCUCAGGAGAGGCUGGGAGGGGGGUCUGGGCCCCCUCAAUGCAGGGGGAUCCAGAGGUGUGUCCUGCAAUCCCUGCAUGUGCCAUGGCUGAGAUCCCCUUCAAGCUGCACCCGCCACCCCGAAGGGCAGCCAGCAAGGAACAUUCCCGCAGCAAUUCCAGUCAAAAACUUCCCUGAAGCAGAAUUCCUGCUUCCCUUGGGGCAUAGCAGUCAGGCAGGCAAAAUCCCGGCUGCUUUUUGGGAUCCUGCGCCCUCAGCGAAGCCUGAGGGAAGCUCUCUGAGCAUCCCAAGGCUUUGCUGCCCUUGGGAUGGAAUCCCAAGGUUUUAUCCCAAGGGUUCAUCAAGAACAUCUCUUUGGAGAGCUGCAGGCGGGCAGGGAAUGGAAACCCGGGGGGCGCAGAUUGGGAAAAAAGGAAAAAAAUUACCAAAACAAUGGCAAAGAGCCAAGUGCUGCCCUCAGUGUCUGCUCCAGAGGGCUCGGGCAUCCCCGUUUCCACAUUCCCCAGCAAAAGGUUUGGAGCAAAGGUGCAGGGCACAUUCCCAAAGAACAUAUCUCAAGGAAGUAUCAUUUAAAUUACCUUCUUCUUCUGCACUGGCACCCCAGGCUCAUUUUCCCCAGGGAGCUGUAAUUAAAAUCCUGAUUCGUCAAUGGCAAACCUUGGAGCCCAUCCCUGUGCCGGGGGGGCACAUCCCUGUGCCAGGCACUCGGGGUUUGCUCCGCGCUGAGGCUCCAUCGUGCUCCAGCCUGGGCUCGGUCCCUGCAGCCACCAAGCGCCUUCCUGUCCCUCCUGCCCUGCCCUGCCCUGCUGGGGCCUUUUUUCUGGGAUGGAGCCUUUCCCGGGCCAGGAGCCUUUCCCAGGACUGUCAGGUGGCGCCUCUCGGCACCGAACCAUCUCCUGGAGGAAUUUUGCCACCAUUUAUUCAUCGCUUGGGGUCUGAGCCUUCCCCUUCCCCUGAGCUGACCCCAUGUCCCAGUGGCCCAGGUGACUCUGCUGGGAGGCAGAGCCCCGUUCCUGCCCGGCCAUCCCAAAGGGGUGGGAGAGGCUCCCACUGCCCUGGGUGCUCCCAGGGCAGCCUCAGCCCCUUCCUCGCUCUUUGCCCAGCCUGCCUUUAAAUCCAGCAUCGCAGCCGCUUCUCCCUGCAGGGAACCCCAAUUCCAGCAUCUCCUCCCGGCCCUGGGAGAGCUCUGGGAAGGGGAAGGCAGCGGGAGGGUGAGGGAGCUCCACGGUGUGGGAAUGUGGCUGUGGGCAUGGAGAGGUCUCAGCUGUGGCCAUCCCAGACCAGUACAAACCAGUCAGACUGGAGAGUUCUCCUCUGCUGGGACCACCACAGGCCUUGAACGCCCAACCCCUUGGGGACCCCCAUCCUGAGGGGACCCUGCUGCUCGCAGCGGCCGGGCUGGGAAUGGAUUGAUCGGGGAAACCGGAGUGUGGUGCUUAGUGAAGGGCUCGGGCUGUGUCCGGGGCGUGUCCGGGGCGUGUCCGAGGUGUGUCCGGGAUGUGUCCAGGUGAGUCCGGGAUGUGUCCAGGGUGUGUCCAAGGUGUAUCCAGGGUGUGUCCGGGCAGUGUCCGGGGCGUGUCCGAGGUGUGUCCGGGAUGUGUCCGGGUGAGUCCGGGGUGUGUCCAGGGUGUGUCCAAGGUGUAUCCAGGGUGUGUCCGGGCAGUGUCCGGGCUGUGUCCGAGGUGUGUCUGUUUGGGCUGUGUCCGAGGUGUGUCCGGGUGUGUCCGAGGUGUGUCCAAGGUGUAUCCAGGGUGUGUCCGGGCUGUGUCCGGGCUGUGUCCAAGGUGUGUCCGGGCUGUGUCCGGGCUGUGUCCAAGGUGUGUCCGAGGUGUGUUUGGGCUGUGUCCGAGGUGUGUCCCGGGUGUGUCCGAGGUGUGUCCGAGGCGUGUCUGGGGUGUAUCCGGGGUGUGUGCGAGGUGUAUCCGGGGUGUGUAAGGGAUGUGUGCAGGGUGUGUCCGGAUGUGUCCGAGGUGUGUCCAGGGUGUGUCCGGGAUGUGUCCCAGGUAUAUCCGGGAUGUGUUGGAGGUGUGUCCGAGUGCGUCCAAGGUGUGUCCGAGGUGUGUCCAGGGUGUGUAAGGGAUGUGUCUGAGGUGUGUACGAGGUGUGUCCGGGAUGUGUCCAGGGUGUGUCCGAAGUGUGUACGAGGUGUAUCCGGGGUGUGUCCGAGGUGUGUCCGGGAUGUGUCCAGAGUGUGUCCGAAGUGUGUACGAGGUGUGUCCGGGGUGUGUCCGAGGUGUGUCCGGGGUGUGUCUGGGCUGUGUCCAAAGUGUAUCCAGGAUGUGUCCAGGGUGUGUCAGAGGUGUGUCCAGGGUGUGUCUGGGGUGUGUCCAGGAUGUGUCCGAGGUAUAUCCAUGUGUUGGGGGUGUGUCAGGGGUGUGUCCGGGGUGUGUCCGACGUGUAUCCGGGAUGUGUUGGAGGUGUGUCCAGGAUGUGUCGGGGGUGUGUCCGGGGUGUGUCUGGGAUGUGUCCAGGUAUAUCCAGGAUGUGUUGGAGGUGUGUCCAGGGUGUGUCGGGGGUGUGUCAGAGGUGUGUCCGAGGUGUGUCCGGGAUGUGUCCGAGGUAUAUCCAGGAUGUCUGAGGUGUGUCUGGGGUGUGUCGGGGGUGUGUCAGAGGUGUGUCCAGGAUGUGUCCGAGGUAUAUCCAGGAUGGCCGAGGUGUGUCCGGGGUGUGUCGGGGGUGUGUCCGGGGCGUGUUGGGGGUGUGUCAGGGGCGUGUCCGGGCUGUUUCCAGGCUGUACAGGCUGUGCCCGUCUUCCCAGUGUCCUGUCCCUCGAGAACUGGCUGUGAACUGGUUUAACUGGGCCUCACUGGGCUCCGUGCUGUCCCCAGAGAAUUCCCCGUCUCCUCAUCCCCGCCUGCCUCCGCACACGUCGGCAUUGGGAGCUCUUCCUGCCAUUUCCCGUUCCCACUCUCCUGGCUCCGUCCGGUGCUCUCCUCCCCAUCCCGCCCUGCUCCUUCUCCUGCUGCCGGGGAGGCAGGAAUGUGCCCCCCUGGAAUCCCGGCUGUGUCCAGGACGGAGCCACCGGGGCAGGGCAGGGCUGGAGGCUCCCUGGGAGCUCCUGAAGCUGAGCCCUUGGAAUUGUGUGUGCUGGUGCGGGUGCAGCCAGGUGUCCCCAUGGAAAACCGGGGUGCCGGCGUUCGGCUGUGACUGUUCUCCCUUGGAUUCGGUGUCAGGAUUUUCCCCUUUGCUCUGCCGAGAUUGGAUUUGGGACUGUGGCCUUCCCAGUCCAGAAUCGGCUCUGGAAUUUGGCAGCGUUAAUUAAUCAUCUGUGUUAAUUAAUGACAUGUGGCAGUGGCAGGAGUGGCAUGAUGCCCUUGGAGUGUUGGAUCAGCUCCAGCAAUGUCAGUGAAAAUCUGAGAUCCUUUGGAAAAUGGGUUGGAUCAGUUCCCGUUGGUUUCGUCCUGGAUAACGUUUCCGACUUUAUCAGGAAUGCUGUUGGGUUUGGGCUGGGAUUGUGGUGUUUGAUCCUGGUUUUUUCCCUCCGUGGUGGAACGUUCUGGCAAACCCAAGGAGUUUUCCAGGCAUAUUUAGGGCUCAACUUUGGGACAAACAAACGGAAAAGGAACAAUUUGGCUCCUUCCCGGUGGCAUCGCUCCUCUGAACCUCUCUUACCUCAUCCAGCAAGGGCUCCCGCCUGGAUUUGUACAGAAUUCCCGGUAUUCCCUGGUGGUCCUCACCCAGCAGAGAGUGGGAUAUUCCCAUGGGAAGUGUAUUUUUGUAUUUGGUGCUGACGGGAAGAGAGGGAUUUUCCUCUCUCCCGGAAUUCGGGGCUUUUCUAGAGGGCAGAGCCUUCCCUUCUAUUUUUGAUUCUCUCAAAUUCCUUGGACAGAUGGAAACGAGGAGAAAAUCUUUUCUCCUGUAAUUUUGAUGCUCAGAGGUAGUUUUGCAGAACUUUGUAGGAAUUCUGGGAAUGCCGUAGGGAUUCCCCUGCUGGGUUUGGUGUCUGUGGCAGCGAGGGCGCUGCCGGAGGCUCCCCGUGGCCGGAUCUCAUGGAUCCAGACGUGGAAUGGAAUUGCCCACAGCCACAGCAAAUGUCCUCGGAGACCUUCUCUCCGUGGAAAUGCUUCUCCCACUCUCCGCUUUCCCAGAGUGCUGCUGGAGAACCUUGGAGUGCUGGGAUUGGGGCGGGGAAGUUCGGCUGCUCCGCCCCAGAGCCCGGAGCUGGGCCUGGAGUUCCGCUCUUCCACGGUCCUCGCGUGCCUUCCGUGUCCUCCUGUGAAUUCCUGGCUCCUUGGAGUCAUCCCUUGCAGUUCCCUGAUCCUCACGUCUGUUCCAUGGUCCUUGCAGUUUGUCCUUGCAGCUGUUCCCUGGCCCUGCUGUGCUUUCCCUGCUCCCUGCAGCCGUUCCCUGCUCCUCACCUCCCUGCUUCCCACAUCUGGCAGUGACUGCACGGACACUUGAGCUCUUGCUCUGCUCCUCUCUCUCAUCCCAGGAAUGUUCAAACUCCAAUCUGCGGCUGACUGGCCACGGCAGAAUCUGGAAAAGUUGCUUUGUGUGGAAAAUCCCCUUCCCUUCCCUUCCCUUCCCUUCCCUUCCCUUCCCUUCCCUUCCCUUCCCUUC